AUGCGAGUGGGGAAUUUGGGAAAUCGAAAAUUUUUAUUGCACUCGCAUGAAGACAGAGGGAGACCGUUUCUUUCAUUACAAUACGGUACUUCUCUCUCUACAGUGUCUCUCUCCUUCCACUUCCACAUUUGGUACAGAGAAAGUAUCGAGAGCCGUUAGUCUUUUAACCUAGAGAAGGCGUUCUCGUUCUCGCUGCUGGUCCCGGAGUGUUCAAGUGCAUAAUUGACCCUCCCUGUUGACAUGGGACUGGCUUGACAUUUAUGAAUUUUUGAUAGCUAGCCUGCUGACAAUGGAUAAAGUAUCUACCGACUGUCCAUACCCGGGGUGCUUUUUCUGUGUCAUGAAGGAAGGAAAUCCAAGCAAGCGCCGAGCUAGCAUAUUGAAGUUCUUUAGGGAGCUUCCUUCACAGGAUGAUGAUGGUCAAGUUCUCCCUAUUAGUGGCCUCUGGAACACUGCCAUGGCGCAUCCCAAUGACCCUGAGUUCAUUGAGUUGGGAAUAUUCGAAUGCAUGGCUGCACUGAUAUGGAAGGGUUUAAAGAAUCGCCGUUGGCUCUCACAUGACCAAAAUAUAUACAUACCUUAUUAUGCUGCCCAUAUCAUUGGAUCCUACACUAUGAAUAUGGAGGAAUUUGCAGAAAGUUCAGUGCAUGCUGGUGUAAUUCCUCCACUAGUUGAACUUCUGAGAGGGAGGUUGACUUGGGUUGAACAGAGAGUGGCAGUGAGAGCUCUUGGACACUUGGCUACAUAUCCUAACACUUUUCCUGCUGUGGCAAGUCAUGGUGAGAUCCUUGAGCUCGCCAUUCAACUGGCAAUUAGUUCACUGGAAAUAGUUUAUUCACAUUUCUACCAGUAUGUCGACAGAAGGCUUAGUUAUCACUGUGACCUGCUUACUCGUGGCAUGGGUGGUGUUGAAAUGGAGUCCAGGAAAGCAGAGGAGUGGGCUAGUCAGCUGCAAUGCUGGUCCCUUCAGCUCAUUAAUUGUUUUGCUUUCAAGCCUGAAUAUCUUACUACUAUAUGCAAACCAGAAUUUUUAGCAAAACUACCAGGCAUGUGGGGUGGGUUGGUUAAUGAAAACUCGCCAGCUGGCAUAGGUUUGUUAAGAACAAUUUGUCAUCAUAAACUUGGUCGAGGACCUGUUGCUAGCUGUCCUGGUAUUAUUGAAGCAUUAUGUAACAUUGCUCGCUCAUCAGAUGAUUGGCAGUAUAUGGCCAUAGACUGCCUUCUUUGGCUACUCCAGGAUCCAAGUACGUGUCACAAGGUAAUUGAAAAGGCAGUACCUACACUUCUAGACCUUGCGGACAUUACAACUCUGGGAGAUCACAAGAAGUUAGGGGAUACAAUUGUUACUGCUCUUCAGGAAUGUGUCCAAUCACAAGGUACAGGACGUAACACUAUUAGUCAUCGUACAAAGGAGCAGAUUGAGGAACUACUGAAUUCGAGACAGAGAUUGAAAUGGGAGAAGAGUAUGCCAAAAGAGGAUCUCCAUAUUAAACAGGCUGCAGCGCUAGUGGUCAAGCUUGAAGGAAAUUCCUUGUUCUCAUCAGGAAAUAUAUCUGGAGCGGCCUCAAAGUACUCGGAAGCAUUAGCAUUGUGUCCAGUGAGAUCCAAGAAAGAGAGAGUUGUUCUUUAUAGUAACCGAGCUCAGUGUCAUCUUCUCUUACAGCAACCCUUAGCUGCUAUAAGUGAUGCUACACGUGCACUUUGUCUUCACAAUCCUGUUAACCGUCAUGCCAAAAGCCUUUGGAGGAGAGCUCAGGCUUAUGACAUGCUUGGAUUUGCUAAAGAGAGUUUGUUAGAUGCCAUUUUAUUCAUAAAUGAGUGUUCUCACUCCAAUGACCCUGAUCUCUCUAUGAGGCAAAAUAAGGUUCCUGACUAUGCUGAGCGACUAGUCAAGAAGCAGAUACGUGCAGCCUGGUUGUUUAGAGAAGCAGCUAUCAAGCAUGGUGGUGUCCAAUGUGAGGGAGAUGCUGGUGACAUGUAUGGACAGGAGACUGACGAUUCUGAGUGGGAGACGGCGAGUGAGAGUGAUGUAGGAGAUGGUGGAAGGGAUCAAAUUGGUGAUGAUGAUGAUGAUGAUGAUGAUGAUGAUAGUGAAUGGAAGAAUGAAGACGAGAGGAAAGAAAGAUAUGACAAGCAUUCAAUCAAAGACAUAAAGCAUGGAUACAAUGUGCAGCUCGUGCAAGAUGAAUCGUGAAUUCUGGCUGAGCAGCGCCGAAAACUAAGGUGCUGUUGAUGGAGUCAUAGUUUUCCAGACGACAUACUUAUCGCCUCCUCCUGCCGUGCUUGAGCUUGAAAGUGCUACUAUACUUGUUUGGUCUCUUCAGAAGCAGGGCUGUUUUUGUGUUUAGAAGUAGAAGUCGUUUUUCGAGUUCGUAUAUGCUAUGUUUGCCCAAUUGGUCUUGUGUAUUCCUAUUAUGGAGCACAGACAGUUUUUUUAGAGUGUUGAAAAAAAAAUUGCAGUCCAGAUAAUGUGGAGCUUUUUGUGUGAUUUUGAGAGGUUUUUUUUUGUAUAUAGACAACCUUGUAAGGCUUUCUUUUUUUUUUUUUUUUGGCUUUUGAACUGUUCUCCAUAAAUGGUUGAAUUCAUUUUUUUCCCUAGUGCUUGAUGGCACUUUUAGUUGAAUUGUAAAGGAUGAUCUUUUUUUUGGUCCAGUUUAUAUUGAUCCCGGGAUCAUCAACUUAUUGAAAGAAAGUGCUGGAAUAUUAUAGCC